AUGUCAACAACAAGAAUAACAAUUACGGUAAGGCAAAUAACUAUUGAUGCUGCGGCAAAUGGAAAAAGAGAAAUUAAAAUACUGGCUGGUCCUGGGACAGGAGGCGGAACCGAAAAGGCCAAUACUUUCCGAACGAAUGCCGGGGGGGGGACUACUGAUGUUGAUAUCACUGAUAUUCAUGGUAUUAAAUUGACCUUGCCGGAUAAGUUAGCCGAAUUAGAUGUUAUUGGAACAGCGGCUGAGGGAUUACCCAACAGUUUUCCCGAUUUGGAUGAUGAUUGCUUGGUAUUAGACGAAAGUAGUUUUUUGCCAACAGAAGCUGAUUAUAAUAACACGGACAAAAAAGAUUUUGGUGGAACGCCAGGAGUUGCUAAUGACCCCAGCGAAAAGCAAGUAUUUGCUGAUUUAGUUAAGGCUUAUUGUCAAAUUUAUAACUCUGCUAUUCCAAGUAUAGCGGAGUUAGACAAAAUUAUUGAAGAAUUGACUAAAUUUUCAACCACUAAGGAUAUUGAUUACGACCACAAUCAUGCGACCAAUAUUACGGAAGAUAACGCCAAAAAAACUAUUUACCGACAGGCAUACUUAGAACCAGAGGAAGCACAUAAUGGGACCAAAAGCCAGUAUCUAGCAACAGAAAUUGUGUAUUUAUAUACCCAAAGAAAAGGUGGCACUUCUUUGAACAAAGAUAAUAGUAUUAAUGAUGGGACUAAUUGGGAUAAGUUGGAUGAAAGCACUAACGAGGGAAAAAGCAAUAUCCAAGCCAUUACGGAGGUGGCAACUGAUAAUCAAAGCACCGGAUUGGGGGGUGGUAAAUAUAAGGGAUUUUCGAUUAUUGACCGGGAAAAACAGAAAAGAGAAAAAACACUAGGGGCAGAAGAAAAUAUAAAAUUUUCUGUCAUUAGCGGGGGCAAGGAAGAAAAAUUAGAGUUUAAACCUGCUGAACAUUGCGAACGAGAAAAUAUUGAUAACUUGCGAAAGUUGGAGGUGAAAGAUAGUAGUGGUAAUGAAGUGGCGGAACUUUCGAUUUUUAAAGACAUUAAUAAGGUAGCAGCCAAAGACCUUUUUGGUUUCCAACCAGGGGAUAUUAAUGCUGCUGGCGAAUUUGAUGGAAAUGACUUGAAAAAAGCCGAUAGUUGA